AUGGCCCGCUGGAAUACUGCAGCCAACCAUGGCGGUGGCGUACACGAUCGUAUCGAGGCCCCGUCACAGUUCGCGGCUACCUUCUGCUUUGGUAUUGGAUUCGUGUCCGCUGUCAUCAUCCUUUACAUGUCCGAGAUCGCCCCCAAGCGCUUCCGCGGUGCCAUUGUCUCUGGUUAUCAAUUCUGUAUCACCAUUGGCCUGUUGUUGGCUGCCGUAGUCGACAAUAGAACACAGCAUCGCAUGGACUCGGGAUCAUAUCGCAUUCCUAUGAGCCUUCAGUGGUUGUUCGCUCUGGUCCUCGGUGUCGGUCUCUUUCUACUCCCGGAAUCCCCUCGUUGGUAUAUCAAGAAGGGUCGCAAUACAGAUGCCGCUCGCGCUCUCGCUACUCUGCGUGGUCAGUCCCCUAACUCCGACUAUGUCAAUGACGAGCUGAAGGAGCUGGUCGCCAACCAUGAAUAUGAGAUGCGCACCAUGCGAGCGGGCUGGGGUGAUUGCUUUACUGGUGGUUGGAAGCCGUCUAGCAACCUCCGCCGUGUCGUGUUGGGAAUGGCUCUUCAGAUGAUGCAGCAGUGGACCGGCGUCAACUUCAAUCUUUCCUCGCUCAUCGGGACUAUGCUAACAGAACGCCUUCCUCGUGUCCAUGAUUACAACCGCUGUGAACGUUGGUUCCACACCCAUUUCUUUCUGGCAAUUGAGAAGUUCGGCCGCCGCCCACUCCUAAUCUUCGGCGCUAUCGGUAUGCUCAUUUGCGAGUUCAUCAUCGCUAUCGUUGGUACUGUCGCCGAGGGUAGCAAAGCCGCUGGCAUCGUCUUGAUCGUCUUUACCUGCAUCUACAUCUUCUUCUUUGCGAGCACCUGGGGUCCGGGCGCAUGGGUUCUCAUUGGGGAAAUCUUUCCGCUCCCAAUCCGCGCCAAAGGUGUUGCCUUGUCCACGGCCAGCAAUUGGUUCUGGAACUUCGUGAUCAGCUUCAUUACGCCUUACAUGGUCGACCAGGAGUACGGUAACCUGAAGGCGCGAGUCUUCUUCGUCUGGGGCGCUACAUGCACUCUAUGCGUGGUAUUUGCCUACUUCCUGGUCCCCGAGACCAAGGGCCUUUCUCUCGAACAGGUUGACCAUAUGCUCGAAGAGACUACACCGCGCAACUCUGCCAAAUGGGUCCCUCAUUCCAGGCGUCGCGAUGGCGCAGACGUGUUUUCUUUCGAUACGACUGAGAAGAAGGGCGAUCUCAAAGCUGGUGAGCACCGCGAGCAUGGAGUCGUUGUCUAA